AUGCCGUCCAAACGAAAACGAACGGGAGAACAACCACCACCGCCAUAUUGCGAUGGCCCUCGAAGAAGUGCGAGGAAUGAAAAGGGGCCAUCGUCCACGAGCGAUGAAGCAAGCGAAACCUCUCGCAUGGAUGUCGACCCAAUGAUCCGGGCGCAGCCCAUGGGACUCUGGGAGACCAAGGAAGGUGUCCAGCAGGCCAGGCGGGAGUUGAGCGAGAUGGAGCACAGGUUUCAGAGCUUAGUUAGGAGACAACGACUCGCCGUCCAGAACUCGGAUCUGAAGGCCGACCCCUUGUCCAAGCAGGUCAGCUUGAAGCCUGCGCCAUACUUGCCCGAACGAGACGUACUGCAUGGGAAGUCCGAAGGCGAGCCGCGAUCUACCGAGCAGGCUCCGUUGGAUGGUUACGAAGCAGAUCUCGCCGCAGGCGAUGUAGAUUCUGCAUUGGAGGAAGAUUGUGUUGGGAAGGGUGCUACAAGACCUCCCCCUCUCAACAGUGGUAGACUCCCUCUACCGUGGACGGGGCGUUUAGGCUAUGCCUGCCUCAAUACAUAUCUACGGGUCGCAAAUCCUCCAGUUUUCUCGUCUAGGACCUGUCGCAUAUCCACAAUUCUCGAUCAUUGCUACCCGCUAAGGGAUCCCUCGCAACCCGAACACGCAACCAAGAACCGACGGGACAAAAGCCGGACCCCUGAUAUCGAACGAGGUCGGAGACACUUGCAAGAAUUAGGGUUGGCGAAUGCAAGGGACAUCGUCAAAAUGCUUCGGUGGAACGAAAAAUACGGCAUCAAAUUUAUGCGACUCAGCAGCGAGAUGUUCCCGUUUGCAAGCCACCGAGAGUACGGCUACGAGUUGGCACCGUUCGCCUCAGAAACGCUUGCUGAAGCAGGCAGGGUCGCGGCCGAGUUGGGGCAUCGACUGACGACGCACCCAGGCCAAUUCACCCAAAUUGGGAGUCCGAGAGAUGAAGUCGUUGAGGCAGCUAUCCGCGACCUCGAAUAUCAUAACGAGAUGCUCACCCUUCUCAAGCUUCCCGAGCAGACAAACCGCGAUGCCGUCAUGAUCGUACACAUGGGUGGGACUUACGGUGACAAGGCUGCGACCCUGGACAGAUUCCGAGAGAAUUACGCGGGGCUGUCUGAUGGCGUCAAGCGGCGUCUUGUCUUGGAAAAUGACGAUGUGGCAUGGAGCGUCCAUGACCUGCUGCCGAUUUGUGAGGAGUUGAAUAUACCUCUGGUAUUGGAUUUCCACCACCACAACAUCGUGUUCGAUCCAUGCAUGCACGAAGGUACGCUCGAAAUUAUCAAUCUCUUUGACCGUAUCAAGAAGACAUGGACAAGAAAGUCCAUUCGGCAGAAGAUGCACUACAGCGAACCGACCCGUGGGGCUGUCACACCCCAUGAGCGCCGCAAACAUUCCGCUCGAGUCAAGACGCUCCCACCCUGCGUUCAAGACAUGGAUCUCAUGAUCGAGGCCAAGGACAAAGAGCAGGCAGUCUUUGAGCUGAUGCGGACGUUCAAGCUCCCAGGCUGGGAUAAAUUCAACGACAUUGUGCCGUAUGAACGAGAAGACGAGCCGCGAAAGGCGAUCAAGAAGAAGCCCAAAAGGGGGAAGAGGAAAUCUUCCGGGUCCGGCGAAGAGUGCGAGGACGAUAUUGAAGUCCCGGAGAGGAUUAUGACCUCUGAGGACGAGAAAUUUCUCCAGUGGUUCCAGUCCCUGCCUGGAGCGACCUUUUCCGAUGCCAUCAGGAUUGUCGACCUUCGGGAUCGGAAUGCUGGCCGUGGUAUAAUUGCUACUCAAGACAUUGCUCCAGAGACGACCCUCUUCACCAUCCCCAGAAAGGGCAUCAUCAACAUCGAAACCUCUGAGCUGCCUAAGAAGCUUCCCGAUGUCUUUGACCUUGAUGGUCAGAUGGUUGAUGAUGAUGAAGACGCCGUGCCGCCUAUGGACUCAUGGAGCUCCCUCAUCCUUGUCAUGAUCUAUGAGUAUCUCCAAGGCGACAAGUCUUCCUGGAAGCCUUACUUCGAUGUCCUGCCUUCCGCUUUCGAUACUCCCAUGUUCUGGUCGGAAGAGGAGCUGGGUCAGCUUCAGUCAAGCCACAUGCGAUCGAAGAUUGGCAAGGCUAGCGCCGAGGAGAUGUUCCGAGGAAGACUCUUGCCCAUCAUUCGCAAGAACGCCGGCCUCUUCCCGUCUAGCGAGUCUAAGAGCGACGAGGAACUCGUUGAGGUGGCGCACAAGAUGGGAAGCACCAUCAUGGCUUAUGCUUUUGAUCUGGAGAAGGAUGAAGAGGCAGAGGAGGAUGAAACUGAUGGCUGGGUCGAGGACCGGGACGGAAAAUCUCUGAUGGGAAUGGUUCCAAUGGCCGAUAUCCUUAAUGCCGAUGCGGAGUUCAACGCCCAUGUAAACCACGAGGAGGAGAGUCUCAGUGUGACCAGCCUGCGACCUAUCAAGGCCGGCGAAGAGAUCCUCAACUACUAUGGCCCGCACCCUAACUCCGAGCUCCUCAGACGAUACGGCUACGUCACAGAGAGACAUUCUCGCUAUGAUGUGGUAGAGAUUCCAUGGGAUGUUGUGGAGUCGGCUAUAACCACCCAUUUUGGGAUACCGAGCACUACCCUGGACAAGCUGCGCAACGAGCUUGAAGAAGAGGAGGAGUUUGAGGAUACUUUCGUGCUGGAGCGUGAGACUGGCGAGGUCAACUCGGAUGGCACCUUUUCUGGUCCCGCUGCCUUUGAGGGCAUGCCGGAAGAUCUGCAGCAACAGUUAAAGACCUUCUUGAAGGGCGUAAAAAAAGCACAGCCUGACGCGAUCCCGGACAAGCGGAAGCGUGACGAGAUCCAACAAACUGUGCAGGCCAAGACGCUGGAGUCUCUCGUUUCCAGGUACCCGACGAGCAUUUUUGAGGACGAGCUGCUACUGAAGAACAAGGACCUCGGCCGUCGUGCCCGGAUGGCUGUCGAGGUUAGAUUGGGGGAGAAAAAGCUGCUCCGUGAGGCCAUUACGGCGCUUUCCUCGGACGGAGACGUGGAAAUGACACUCGAUGAGGAAUCUGGGCCGUCAAAACGGGCCAAACGGUCCAGUUGA